AUGGAUCCGGCCGUCUUGGAUCAGGGAUGCCGUCUGCAUCGCAAAUUUGGAUCUGAUCGAUUCCUUGAAGUAGUGAUACCGUCACCGAGCUCAUGGACGACUCCGAUCAAAGACCCCGACGUAUCUCAAGAGGUGAUUCGCUGGUUUUCUUCUAAGGUGCAUCACCUGGCCGGCAGGCAGUGGCGAGCUUUCUUCGCAAGGGACGCAGGGCGCAAGGUUCUUCAGACGAACGUGUUCUUUGGUCCAAGUCCGAAAAGCAUCUUGCAAAAACGAUUUUGCUAUUUUGCUGAAGAUGGAACCAAUUUUGACGUCGCUCCUUCUACCGACCAUCGGCCUGUGCACGCCCUUAGAGAGCCGCGACCCAAGCUGGAGGUUGGGCAGAUGCUCGACUGGCUCUUGCAGUUGGAUCGUAACAGUGACCGACCUUACCUUAAGCUCUUCACCUGCAUCCAACUUGGUCUCAGCAAAACGAAAGUAGUAGCUUCUCUGGAUCAGAACCAGAUACGACACCGACAAGAAGAUAUCAUAUCGCCAAUCGGUGAAGUGAUGAAUGAUGGCGUUGGUCGCAUGUCACUGCUUCUUGCCCGCCAAAUCAGGGACGUCCUUGGUUUGAGCGGCAUCCCUUCUGCGAUUCAGGGUCGUCUGGGCUCUGCCAAAGGCGUGUGGAUUAUAGACGUUGAAGACAGCGGAAGCGAUAUCUGGAUAGAGACCUGGCCCUCGCAAAGAAACCUCAACAUUCAGUUCCUUCCCAUUCUAGAAGACCGUGCCAAAGAUAAGCAGGCCAUGAGGAAGUUUGUGGGAGACAGGCUCCUAGACCAGCUCAGCAACGAAACUGAAGCCCAGAAAGAUGUAAUCAAGCAUCCGCUGCGAUUUCGGCAAUGGGUAAACAAAAACCUCGCCGCCAGGACGCAGCGUUUGGCCCACGACAGCGUGCCGUUCCUUGCUGGGCUUCCCAAGUACAAAGAGGAUCAGCUCAAUUAUUUGACCGAUGGCGGCUUCAAACCAACCGAACAGAAAUUCAUGCAAAAUAUGAUAUGGGAGCUCCGGCGCGCAAAGUAUGAAAAUCUGCUGAAGAAGAUGAGCAUCGAGAUUCCAGGCUCGGCGUACUUGUACAUGGUAGUCGACUUCUGGGACAUUCUGGAAGAGAACGAGGUGCAAAUAUGCUUUUCAUCUCCGUUCCGAACCGAACGCUUCUCUGACUUCAUGCUACAUGGAUGCGAGGUUCUUGUCGCACGAUCUCCGGCGCACCUUGUCAGCGAUAUACAGAAGGUCAAGGCCGUCUUCAAGCCGGAAUUGCGCGCACUAAAAGAUGUCGUUGUGUUUUCAGCAAAGGGAGACGUUGCUCUUGCCGACAGGCUUUCGGGCGGCGAUUACGAUGGAGACAAGGCUUGGGUGUGUUGGGAACCAGCUAUUGUGUCUAAGUUUGAGAAUGUCACUAUGCCGACAAAACCAGACAUUUCGAAGCAUCUCAGGAAGGAUACAACGUCGUACGGAGACCUCAGUCAUGGAGUAAUCAAGUCCGUGGCAGCUUCGGCAAUGAUCAGUCGUGGCAUUGUCUUUGACAUGCAACCCAGCUUCUUAGGAAUCGCAACCAAGUUCAAGGAAUAA